AUGGAAGCCAAACCCACUUACCACUUUCCCCCGAACUUCUCUACUCCGCCUCCCCCCCAUGGCCCGUUCCAUCUUGGAACUGUACUACGGGAUUUCGAGAACAAAGAACAGAUGCAGCCACUCAACCAAGGGGAGAUUCAACGGGUCGCCAUUCCUAGUACUGAAAAAUAUACGGAUCACAAGGGAGGGUUCACAGCCACAAGAAAGAAUCUAGUAAGAGGCGAAAGAGGCCUAUGGGCCAAGUUCAUGGCCCUCCAGGGCGUUGGCGGGGAAGCCAGUCUCUCUACGGAGCAGAAUGAUUCUGACAUAUACGAAUUUGGCAGCGUCGAAACGGAGUUUUUCUAUCCUACUGCAAAGUACAUAUCGGACUGCCUUAACCUGUCCGAUGUAGAGGACUACCUGAACGGCUCGAGAUAUAAAAAACCUGUGUAUCUGGUCACUGGAGUAAAAUUUGCCGAGGGGGUGGCAGUCAGACUGGAAAAGAAGAUGAAUGUCCAGGGCAAACUCGAACUGGGUGCGCAUAUUCCUGGAGGACUUGGCAUACAUAUUGGACCAAAGGCCGAAGGCAAACUGGAGGAUGAGCCCCUCUACGUUUUCACAGAGUCAAGUGAUAUCGUAGUUGGCAUCCAGUGCUUAAAAAUAUACCACGAGAAAUCCGGCUGGCUGUUUGGCAAACAAAAGGUGAAGAGUGAGUUUCUUACUUCUGGUGCUGCUUUCUAUGGCACAAAUAGUGAAGCGCUAGAAGAAAAGCUCACCAACUUCAUUGCUGGGGACCCUGAGGGCUACAACAACCCACAUCUGGAUGAGUACGUCGACGGAAACGAGAUUUGGAUGUUGCCCAAGGAGUUUAAGACUCAGAUGUCUCAGGAGACCUUCUUGUCUAGAUGA